AAGUUUUCAGCAUGACUUCCUUGGCUGAUGUGCCCCUGAAUUAUGAAGAGAUGUUUGCUCAUCGAUUCACAUCAGAGGAUGAAGAAUACCAAGAGUACCUGAAACGCCCUGCAGAUCCCCCACCCAUAGUUGAAGAAUGGAGAAACAGAUCCGGUGGCAACCAGAGAAACCGAGAUCGGUUUCAAGAUGGUAGACAUUUUAGAGGGGACAGAUACAACUGGCAAGGCGACUAUCGGUCUAAUCAGAGGCCAGAGAGAAGCUGGGGCAAUAACUACCAGCAGCACAGACAAGGACAAUCCUACUCCUCCCACUACGGACAAUACGGCUACAACUCCUACAGCGCAGGGCCUCGUUACCAUCCCUACUGACCAGCAGCCAGUAACCCUAUGUAACAAA